UUCAUAUUUGAAUAAUAAUACUAUUAAAACACAUACUUUGCUGCAAUAGUUUCCUCGUAGAGAAGUUGAGGAAGAAAAAGAUGGGUAUCCAAGAAACCGACCCGUUAGCCCAAUUGAGUUUACCACCGGGUUUCCGGUUUUACCCGACCGACGAAGAGCUUAUGGUUCAAUAUCUCUGCAGAAAAGCAGCCGGUUAUGAUUUUUCUCUCCAGCUUAUUGCUGAAAUCGAUCUUUACAAGUUCGAUCCUUGGGUCUUACCAAAUAAGGCCCUAUUCGGAGAAAAAGAGUGGUAUUUUUUUAGUCCGAGAGAUAGAAAGUACCCAAACGGGUCAAGACCGAACCGGGUAGCCGGGUCAGGUUAUUGGAAAGCUACGGGUACGGAUAAAAUCAUCUCGACGGAAGGAAAGAGAGUUGGUAUUAAGAAGGCUUUGGUGUUUUACAUCGGUAAAGCACCUAAAGGCACUAAAACCAAUUGGAUCAUGCAUGAGUAUCGUCUCCUUGAACCCUCUCGUGCAAACGGAAGCUCUAAGUUAGAUGAUUGGGUUCUAUGUAGAAUAUACAAGAAGCAAUCAAGCGCACAAAAACAAGCCUACGAACAUGUAGUUACGAGUACUAGAGAACUUAGCAACAAUGGUACUUCAUCAACGACGUCAUCUUCUUCUCACUUUGAAGACGUUCUUGAUUCACUACAUCAUGAGACCGACAACAGAAAUUUCCAGUAUGCUAAUUCGUCAAACCGGUUCUCCUCGCUUAGACCGGACCUUACCGUAGGAGAGAAAACCGGGUUCAACGGUUUAGCGGACACAAAUAGCUUCGAUUGGGGUAGUUUUGUUGGCAAUGUUGAGCAUAACUCAGGUCCAGAACUCGGACUGAGUCAUGUUGUUCCUAGUCUUGAGUUUAAUUCUGGCUACCUGAAGAUGGAGGAAGAGUUUAACAACCCGGACGACUUUGGUUUUGCUCAAAAUAGUUAUGGUAUCGACUCGGUCGGGUUUGGGUAUUCAGGGCAAGUUGGUGGGUUUGGUUAUAUAUGAUGGAAUGCUGACGCAAUAAAAAUAGGACAUUUGAGUUUUUAUUAUUGUUGUAAUGAGGCAAAUGUUAUGUAUUUGGAUUCCAAUUCUUUUGGGUUUAGAGGCAAGCUCAUAGAUCUCUAGCUAGAUGUACAUUUGUUUUCUAUAACCUUUAUAUUUGUAGAUCUUUUGUAUUCGUAUAUAUAUUUAGUGAAUUUUCAUA